GGAGCCGGCGGCGUGACACGGACGGGCUCAGUUCGCGCCUCGGCAGAGGGAAGGAGGGGUGGUGGUUUUAUCUGGUGGAGUAGCAAAAGAGCACUUUGCUACCUGCUCAAACUUUGGCUCGAGGGUUGCGAUUCAGAUUUGAGGGCGUACUCGAUAGCGCCUGCCGCUGUACAUGUGUAUCCUCUGCGCGCCGAGGCAACGUGAUGGCGACGCACAAUCAGAAAGCGCGCCGACCCUCUGGAUGGGACAACCCGUUUGGCAAGCCCUCGCCUCGGGGAUCUGAGGGUUUACCAUCAGCUGGCGGUGGUGCAGGCGCUGAAGAAGAGUACGAGGUGACAGACGAGCAGGACGCGUUUGAGAUCGAGAUUGACCCCGAAAAGGCCGUACCCAACUUUGUUGCUGCGUACCCCUAUGAUGCGAAGGAGGUGGAUGAGCUGACGCUGAGAAAAGGCGAUCUCAUCUAUGUGACUGAGCAAGGCGAGGACGGCUGGUAUAUCGGUGCUAACCUGACAACAUCACAAGCCGGCACCUUCCCGGGCAAUUUUGUCGUGGUGCUACAAUCUGAGCCUGACGGUGAUGAGGAGCUGGCCCGGCGUCUGCAGGAGGAGGAGGAGCGUGCAGCGGCUGCGAGUGCCAAGGGCGGCGAAACACAUGGCAGGGCUACCGCUGCAUUGACGGCCGAUGAAAUGUUGGCGCGUAAGCUACAAGAAGAAGAGGACAUGCGUUUGGCCCGGCAAGCACAGUCUCAAGCCGUGGCAGGGCAGGCCUCAUCUGGUCGGCGCGUGGGCCGUGGGAGUCAAGAUAUGGCUACUAGCUUGCGGGCAUCCACGAUAUCCCGGGCGCGACAUGAAUUCUAUAUGCAUCAGCUGAUCAGUGACUCAUGCAUGUUGAUAGGAGCCCUCACGGAAUUUGAUCGCUACACACGCGACUUUGAGACAUUUUCUGUCGGCUUCCUCGGUUCCGUCUCUGUCAAUUCACUUCGAAGUGACGAGCGAGUUCAGCUUGCCAUCCGCGAGGUCUUGCGACUGCGAAAGGAACGCCGAAUCAAAAAGCCUACCCCUUAUGAGCUGCAGGUGUCCCCAGCUGGAAUUCGACUGGUUGAGCAGGAAAUCAUUCAGAAAAAAAGCAUCCGGCGGCGAUCGUCUGUGCAAUCAGCCAAGCCAGGCGGCUCUUUGCAGCACUUCCCGCUGCAGCGUAUCAGUCAAUGCGCAUUUGAUCCUUCCAUGCAUACACAUUUUGGUUUCGUGAUUCGUCAGCACAAUGACGAACACAUCUGCCACGUCUUUCAGUACGAACAGAGCGCAUCUCAGAUUGCCAAUGCCUUUCGGAAGAACAAAAUAAAUCACAAAACGCUGACGCACUCACGUUUGACUUGA